AGCAGGAGAGGGGAUUCUGGCUUUAAAGUGGAGGAGGUCAGGGUAGCAGCAGCGGUGAUGUGAUGAGCGCGGCUCCUGUGCGGGUCAUGUCGGUGGCUGCCUCCCCGGGGCUGCCCGGGCUCUGUCUGCUCCUGCUGGUCGCGCUGCUCCCGGAGGCUGCGGAUACUUCAUGCUGUUACCAUGCAAAGGAUAAUUCUAUGUGCCGUGAUGUGUGUGAGCAGAUUUUGACUUCAAAAAGUGAAUCUCGGCUGAAACACCUGCUGCAGAGAGCACCAGAUUACUGUCCACUAUCUAUGACAGAAAUGUGGACCUGCAUAAAUUCCUCGCUGCCAGGUGCCAGUAAGAAAUCAGAUGGGUGGGUUGGCCUUGGAUGCUGUGAGCUAGCAAUAGCAAUGGAAUGCCGUCGUGCUUGUAAACAGGCGUCCUCAACAAAUGAUAUAUCAAAAUUUUGCAGGAAACAGUAUGAGACUGCACUUAUCAGCUGCGUUAACAGAAAUGAGAUGGGAUCAGUUUGCUGUAGCUAUGCUGGCCGGCACACCAACUGCCGAGAGUACUGCCAGGCCAUUUUCCGUACAGAUUCAUCGCCGGGCCCUUCGCAGAUCAAAGCAGUGGAGAAUUACUGUGCCUCAAUCAGUCCUACACUAGUGCAAUGUGUGAACAACUACACGCAGUCAUACCCAAUGAGAAAUCCUGUUGACAGCCUAUACUGCUGUGACAGGGCAGAGGAUCAUAGCUGUCAGUCUGCCUGUAAAAUGAUUCUCAUGUCUAAGAAAACAGAGAUUGAGAUUGUGGACAGUCUUAUUGAAGGGUGUAAAACACUGCCUCUGCCCCAGGAUCCUCUCUGGCAGUGCUUCCUGGAGAGCUCAAGGUCAUCCCAUCCAGGAAUUACAGUAGCUCCGCCGCCUUCCACAGGACUCGAUGGGGCUAAGUUACAUUGUUGUUCAAAAGCCAACUCUGCAAUGUGUAGGGACCUGUGCACUAAGUUAUACAGCACAAGCUGGGGGAAUACCCGUAGCUGGCAAGAUUUUGAUCACAACUGUGAAUAUAAUCCACUGGAGGUGGCGAUGUUAACAUGCCUAGCAGAUGUCAGGGAACCUUGCCAGCUUGGCUGUCGAAACCUCACCUACUGUACCAACUUUAAUAACAGGCCAACUGAACUGUUCCGAAGCUGCAAUGCUCAGUCUGAUAUGGGAGCUAUGAAUGAUAUGAAAUUGUGGGAGAAGGGAAGCAUCAAAAUGCCGUUUAUGAAUAUUCCUGUCCUGGAUAUAAAGAAAUGUCAUCCUGAGAUGUGGAAAGCCAUUGCUUGCUCUCUUCAGAUUAAACCUUGUCAUGGUAAAUCUAGAGGAAGCGUCAUAUGCAAAACAGAUUGUGUAGAAAUUCUUAAGAAGUGUGGAGAUCACAGUAAAUUUCCAGAUGAUCACACUGCAGAAAGUAUUUGUGACCAGCUUUCUUCAACGGAUGAUACAGAAGAUUGUAUCCCACUGUAUAUAUAUUUACGUUCAAGUCCAUUGGACAAUGCAGUUGAAGAAGUUACCCAUCCCUGCAACCCAAACCCUUGUCCUCCGUACCAAUUGUGUGAGGUGAAUAGGAAGGGAUGUCUUUCUGGUGAACCAUGCCUUCCAUACUUCUGUACGCAAGCUUGUAAGUUGGGAGAAGCGUCAGAUUUCCUUGUUCGACAAGGGGGUCUCAUUCAGGUACCUUCAGGAGAUGUAGGCUGCUAUAAAAUCUGUACUUGUGGACACAGUGGAAUCCUGGAAAACUGCAUGGAAAUACAGUGCAUCAACCUACAGAAAUCCUGUGUUGUUGGUGGUCAACGGAAAAAUCAUGGAACCUCUUUUAAAAUUGACUGUAACAUCUGUUCAUGUGUUGCUGGUACAAUAAAAUGUUCUGAUCGCCAGUGCUUCAACGAACUAAUUUCUGAAGAUGAUCGAGCUAUGUUUACAGGGUUACCUUGCAACUGUGCAGAUCAGUUUGUGCCUGUGUGUGGGCAUAAUGGACGUACCUAUCCAAGUGCCUGCAUUGCACGGUGUGUUGGCUUACAGGACAACCAGUUUGAAUUUGGACAGUGUUCUUCAAAGGAUCCCUGUAAUCCUAACCCAUGUCAAAGAAGUCAAAGAUGCAUUAUAAAGAGACAAGUUUGCUUAACUAGCUUUGAGAAGUUUGGAUGUCCGCAGUUCGAAUGUAUACCACGUCAGCUACAAUGUGAACAUUCCCAAGACCCUGUGUGUGAUACUGAAAAUGUUGAACAUGCCAGCAUAUGUACUUUGCAUCAAAGGGGAAAGCAAAUCUCAUAUAAGGGAUCAUGUCAGCCUUUCUGUGAAUCCCUGGAACCUGUUUGUGGACACAAUGGAGAAACCUACAGCAGUGUGUGUAGUGCCUAUUCUGAUCGUGUUGCUGUGGAUUACUAUGGUCGCUGUCAAGAUGUGGGUGUCUUCUCACACCACACCCUUCGCACUGAAUGCUCAUAUAUAAAAUGCCCCCAAAAUCCUGUACCAGGUUAUAAACUAGUCACACCUCCUGGAGCAUGUUGUCCAUUGUACGCUGGUGUUUUAAGGAUUUUGUUUGACAAAGACAAAUUAGACAUCUUUGCUAAGGCAACAAAGAAGACACCCAUUACUGUCCUAGAUGUUCUUGAAAAAAUAAGGCUGCACAUAUCUGUGCCCCAGUGUGAUGUAUUUGGCUAUUUAAGCAUGGAUUCGGAAAUAAUUGUACUUAUUGUUCCUGUAGACACACAUCCAAAACCCAUACAGAUUGAUGCCUGCAAUAAAGAGACAGAAAAGAUAAAUUCACUUAUAAAUUCUGACAGCCCAACACUGGCAUCCCAGGUUCCACUGUCAGCCCUCAUCACAUCAGAAGUUGAAGUAUCAUCAGCAUUACAUUCUGGAUCUACCCAGACAAUCACUGCUCUCUGCUAUUUAUAUUUAUGUAUUUUAAUUGCGCUGUCUUUUGCAUUCUCUCAUGCGUAACAUACACACAUUUUAAUCUGACAAUUGUUCCUUGGCAUUCAGAAACAUGGCAAUGAUAAUCAAUGGACACACAAAAUAUUUUCUCUGCAAUGAGUGAGCAUCAUAUGCAUCACAUUGUGUCAUUUGCAUCACAAGUACUAAUGUUUGUUUUUCUUUUUAUUAACAUUUGUGUUUUCUAUCUCAUCCCUUUAUAGAUAGAUAGCUCUAUCAGUAUAAACAUCAAUUUUAAAACUUUUUAAAAAUACCUCUUAGAUUAUAUGUGUAUAAUGAGUCAGCUGCUCACUUAUUUUUUCUGUAUAUACCAAAUAAUCAUUGUGCACAAACUUUCCCUUAUUGUCGUUAACCAACUGUUAGGUAGUGCACACUUUUAUAAUAUGCAUUAAUGCUCAUUUUUUCCUUAAAAAGGGAACAAAAUGACAAAAA